AUGUUCCUCAUCACUCAACAUUUCGUUAACGUUACCCCUGGAACAGGGAAAGCUCCUGCUAGUGGUGGCCAUGGUUUUGGUUCUUCUGGGCCAGGUGCAACUAAAGAUGGGUCCAUGAAAGCUCCUGAGCAAGAUUAUCACAUAUCCAGGGCUGGUUUUGAGAAAAUCCCAGCUGGAUAUUUCCAUGAUUUGCACAAGGAGUAG